GAAGCGGCGGAGAUGGCUACGAAGCGGCUGGCCAGGUGCGGGCCGCGGCACAUACCACUGGGCCAGGCCGGGCAGGGCCGGGCCGGAGCGGUCUCCUCUCGGCCUCCUCUCGGCCCGGCGCUGAGGCCGCCCCUUCCCGCAGAUCGCUGGGGAUGGCGCGGAGCGGCCGGAGCGGCAGGGUGACGGAGCGGCGAUCCGGAUUCGACUUCCUGCUCGUCCUCGACUUCGAGUCCACGUGCUGGCGGGACGCACGGCAACGCCGCCCCGAGAUCAUUGAGUUCCCGGCCGUGCUGCUGAACGCCGCCACGGGGCGGAUCGAGGCCGAGUUCCACGCCUUCGUGCAGCCGCAGGAGCAGCCCGUGCUCUCCGAGUUCUGCACGGCGCUGACCGGCGUCACGCAGAAACAAGUUGACGAAGGAGUCCCUCUGCACAUCUGCUUGUCACAAUUCUUGAAGUGGCUUCAGGAGAUACAGAAGGAGAAGAAAUUUCUGUUCAUCUCAGAAAUCCCAAGUAAUGCCAUUCCAGAGACAAAGCUGUGUGCUUUUGUUACUUGGACAGACUGGGACCUGGGCGUGUGCUUGCACUAUGAAUGUAAGAGGAAGCAGUUGCGAAAACCUGGCAUCUUCAAUUCCUGGAUUGAUCUCAAAGCGACGUACAGGGCCUUCUAUAACAGAAAGCCUAAAGGGCUGAGUGGUGCUUUACAGGAUUUGGGGCUGGCUUUUGUUGGACGGGAACAUUCUGGGUUGGAUGAUUCUCGGAAUACUGCUCGUCUUGCUUGGAGGCUGAUUUGUGAUGGGUGUGUGCUGAAGAUUAGUAAAUCUUUGGAUAAGUCCUGUCCUAGGAAGAACUUAAUUUCCAGAACGCUGAAUACCAACUCUGCUGACAAGACUCUGCCAGGAAGUAGCAGCAGCCUUGAAACAUCCAGAGAUGGAUCUUGCAAGGCAAGCUCUCCGGCAGAGAGAAACCACAAUGGUACUGCCGGAAUUAUGGUAAAUUCCCGUGUACAAUCUGCAGAACGGGCCACUUGCAGUGAUUGCACCCCAGACAUGCAUGUUGUAUCUGGCAGCAGCUCAAGGAUUGAUUUCCGUGAGGAAGUCCGAAGCUCUUCCACAGUAUCUGCUGACAGAUUUCCUCUUCUUGGACACGCACAGCAAUCUCACAGUACUUUGUCACCAGGCAUUCAGCAAGGAUUGAACAGCGGGCAUCUCAUGAGCGCAGCAAGGUACAGCUCUCCAGUGUGUGGGUCAGGACUAGUACUUGUCUCCACCACCAUCUCCUCAGUUAACACCUCCAGUGAGGAUACAGGCACUCAUUCUGAUUGCUUGUCUCUGCUAGCUGACUGGGAAGAUGUAGCUCUAAUACCUAAAUCUCAGUCUGAACCAAAUUCAGACUGCGUUCAAUCUGAGGAGGACUCAAGUACAGACAUCUUAACUGUGUCUGAAGAAAAAACAAUUCCAAAGCAAUCGGCUGAGAUCAGUUCAGGUGAUCAAAGUUUGGGGAAAACUCUGGUACCCACAGAACCUCCUGGAUCUAUCGUUUACAAAAGUCCUGAUACUACUAUCUAUAAUGUAGGAAUGGUACAAAGGCAGACUUCAAAUCUUUCUGCCUUUAAGAUCCCAUCUGCAAAGGUAAAUGCUAUUUCUUCCCAAUCAGUAUUAAUGAGAAAUUAUUCUGCUCCUUCUGAGGUUCCCAAAAGAAAGCCAACCAGUCCAGCAGCACUCCCACCAGCAAAAAAACAGUCUUUUGCUAUCUAUCAAGAGAAAACUCUGUCUUCAGAUCAUGCCUUACCUUUGAGAAAUUUGAAUUUGUCCAAAGCAUCUCGCGCCAUUCUGAGCUCCACAGUCAAUCCAAAUCAGUCUGUAACAGCUGUGCAAAAUGAAAGACUAACUCCCCCUCUGUGUAACUGUGGUCGAAGGGCUAAAAGGCUCUAUGUGUCAAAUGCAGGUCCAAAUCAUGGCAAGGCUUUUUUCUGUUGUCCUGUUGGCAGGCGUGAAGGUAAUAAGAGAAGUUGUGGAUACUUCAAGUGGGAAAAUGCAUUUCUAAAAGAGAAAUCUCUUGAUAUCACCAUGAAUGUAGAUGCUUUGACCUCUCCUGGAACGUGCCCCAGCACUUCAGGAAAUGAUUCCAACAAAUAUUUGUUCCUCAGACCAUCUAUGAGAACUUGAAGCUUUUUAAUUUGGUGGUUUGAAUCUGAAUCUCAGUUAACUGUAGUUAAUGAAACUGGGGCAGUCCAGUGUCAAAUACAUGUUCUCAGCAGAGGAUGAAAAUAAUGCUGCUUGGCUAAUGUGGAUGAAAAUUGCAGUGUUUAAGCACACAAACAUACCCAUGUUGACAAGGUUGGAAUGAGACAGAACAAAUCACUGUGCUGCAGUUAAGGUGUGAGCAGCUGCUGUUACGUAUCUUAAACUCCUACUUCAUCAUCACGUGCCUUAAAUUCUUUGCUAAUUGAGUCCUCAAACAAUUUAAUGA